UGUUCUGCUGGGUAUGCGGGAGAGUAGGUGUCAGGAGCGUCGAGUGCUGCCAGCAGGCGGGAAAUGCCCAGCGACCUCAGCCGCAGAGAGGAGAGCAGGGGUCGCAAGAUGCUACCUCUCCAAACUAACGGGCAAGCUAAUCGAGGAGGAGCAGCAGUUGUCCGCAGCAGUGACGAUUGGGGGAGGCACGUACAAGGCCACGAUCAACAUCGGUGCAUCAGCGAGCUUUAUAAGCAAGGAACUGGCGGGCAACCUGGCUGCUCUCGGGAGGAUUACGAGGACACGGCGGCAAGUUAGGUUGGCUGACGGAAGGUGCGGCAAAAUCGAUGAACAGCUGGAGGUGGAGAUCGCAAUCGGGAACAAGCGACUAACCAUGGACCUGUUGAUACUACCUGAGGUAGUGUAUUCAUUGGUGUUAGGAUGGAACUUUCUAACUCAAGUGGGAACCAAGAUAAGGUGCGCUGGACACGAGGUGAGAAUACCGGCCACGAACCGACACAAUGGGUGGCUCGAGGAGAGGCUAUCGGUAGCAGUCGUACAACAGGAAACAGAGUAUGACGACACAGCGAAGUUCCUGUGUCGCACAAAGACUUAAUGUCGCCCUGGACGGCAGAUUAGAGGACAUGAGGAGGACAUUGUCGGAGUAUUACUCCGAGACAGAGAACGACCCACAACUUGCCGACAUCUGGGUUGAGUUGGGAGCCAUGUAUUACGACAGAACCGGCCCGAGUAUCACGCUAACUAACGCUGAAGGGGAUAACCUAGUAGCAAGCUUAAGCGUCGACAACUUGCAAAGGGAGGAUCACAGGAGAGAGUCAAGCCAGGACAGGAAGACAACGGUGCUGACCUCUAGACACAGCCAGGCGGAUUAUGCAAGGGUCGCUAAACAAGUCCCCGUGUGGUCAUUCAGGUUCGACGGGGCGGAGAAACCGUUCGAGUUCCUGGAACAAGUUGAAUGGUCCGCCAACACCUACGGCUUAGACCUUGACAUGAUCCCCCGAGCAAUGCCGGAGUUGCUGAAAGGAAGCGCGUUAAAGGCGAUAAGCCGCCAACAAUAAGCAAUGGAAACCCUGGGCGGAGUUCUACAUGUUCGACAUGCAGACGAUGUCGAGGCCACUAAACUAUUCUGCGAGAGACACCUUAAAGAUCAUAAAGGAAAACUGCACCCCAAGCCGAAGGAUCAUCCUAAGGGCGUACAACGUGCCCGACCGGGACACGUUGAUGCUAUUAGCCGAUGAAUACGAAGAACUGGAAAAGGAGCGGGAAGCGUUCGCCCAAGAAAAGAAGUUCUCAAAGCCAAAGUCGUCACGACCAACGCAGGUCACGUGCAGAAGAUGCGAGGAGACAGAUAGCCAGGAGACACGGAGAAAUGACCAAUUUUCACCGCCGCAACGAGUCCCACGACAGCAGGCAACAGGAGCACAGGAGCAUACAAGGCCACGAUCGACACCGGGGCAACAGCGAGCUUUAUAAGCAAGGAACUGGCGGACAACCUGGCUGCCCUCGGGAGGAGUACGAAGGCACGGCGGCAAGUUAGGUUGGCAGACGGAAGGUGCUACUGGCAAAUCCCGCUGAAAGAAAGCAGUAGGCAGUACACUGCAUUUACAGUGAUGGGAAAGGGCUUAUUCUAGUGGAGAGUAAUGCCGUUCGGACUCCAUUCGGCAUAUGCGACCUUCCAGCGGGUGUUGGACCGGGUAAUUGGUCCCGAGAUGUCGCCGCACGCAUUUGCGUACCAGGACGAUAUCAUAGUGAUCGGACGCACACUAGAAGAGCACAAGGCAAACUUGAAAGAGGUAUUCCGGUGACUGAAAGACGCUAAUCUGAGAUUAAGCCCGGAAAAAUGCCAGUUUUUCAAGAAGGAGCUGCUGUAUUUGGGUCAUAGAGUGACUAGCGACGGGAUAGGCACGGAUCCGGAAAAAUUAGCAGCCAUUGCCGAAUUAGAGCCGCCGUCAACAGUUAGGGAGCUCUUACAGUACCUGGGAGUAGCAUCAUGGUAUCGGCGAUUUGUAACUGACUUCGCAAAAAUACUCAAACCGCUCAACGAUCUGCUGCGCAAGGGCAACAAGUGGGUGUGGACACAGGAACAUCAGUCGGCAUUCGAAGACGUAAAGGCAAGGCUGGUGGCAGACCCCGUACUGGCGUGCCCGGAUUUUGAAAAACCAUUUGUCCUGCAAACUGACGCAAGUGAUUACGGUAUUAGGGCAGCUUUGACCCAGGAUACUGAGCUUGGCGAAAAGGUGAUCUCUUACUCAAGCCGAAAGCGCAACGGUGCGGAGAAAAAGGUCCAAGGAUAGCUCCAAGGAUAUCCGAAGGACACGAAGAAAAGGGUCCAAGGAUAGCUCCAAGGAUACCCAAAGGAUACGAGGAAAAGGGUCCAGGGAUAGCUCCAAGGAUACCCAAAGGACACGAGAAAAGGGUCCAAGGAUAUCUCCAAGGAUACCCGAAAAACACGAGGAAAAGGGUCCAAGGAUAGCUCCAAGGAUACCCAAAGGACACGAGGGAAAAGGUCCGAGGAUAGUGGAAAAUGUCCAGCGAUAGUCCGCCGAAGGAAGGGGGAAGACGGCACAGAUCAGAGAGCUGUACCAUAAAAAUGUAAAAGGAGGGAGGCUGGGAGAAAUAGUGGUACCGAUGGCGAUGGCUGCCCGCCAACCGGCCGAGAGGUCUUGCCCGGGGCAAGGAUGGUCAACCACACGGCCUACCCGAACCUCGCGGCUGAUCUCGAGGCUAGGAAAGCCCGAUCCGGUGAUCAGCUCCAUCAGCGACGUCGAGCUGGUCGAAGAUCCGCGGCUGGAGCAGAGGAGGUGGUGGCUUCAGAAGACCACCAGCGACACCGACAGCCGCAUCCCGACCGGCGCAAUCAAUGUCGAGUGGGCCAGCGAGGAGCCACCUUCGGGGCGACGGACUCCCCGCAGCCACGAGGAGCAGGUACCAAAAGCCAAAAGUUUCGGCUAAACCUUGUGGCGCGGAGGAAGAUGGAGGAAACGCGGCUGCGAGAGAUGGAGGAGGACCCUGAAUGGCAGGCCCGUUUGCGACGAGCCGAGGAGGAGGAGCAGCAGCUGUGGGAGGAGCCGUCAUGCCCACCCACCCCGAGGUAUGUCGCCGAACCGUGGGUGUCGCCCCAGGAGGAGGCCGACGUUCGGGCUGACGGGCUGGCUGCCGGAGGUCGCCGAUGCGACCACCCUUAUCGGAAGGCAAGGCGCUUCCUCCCCGGUCGCCACCACCGCCGCAACCUGAUACGCCACCAUAACCGACGAGGCGCGGCGGGGAAUCUCCCCGGUGGAGACCCGCGCGGCCGACCAAGCCGAGGUUCGAACGGCCGCCGGCGGUAGAGUCGCACCCGCGGUCGGACCCGCCACAGUACCAACCCGGAGACCCGGUGGGACACCACGUCUGAACGGACAUCCCGGCGGCGCACGUGACCCAUAGCGUGCGGACGUUCGUGGCCGAAGGCGUAAGGUGGCGGCAACGGACGGUCGUCUGGACAUGGCCGGAGGGCCCCGCGGAGGAGAAGGCGACGUUGGAUGAGCCCCGGAUCUGGGAGGAGACGGGACCUCGGGUGAGCCCGCUGGAUCCUAGGACUCGUGGCCGGCCGGCCCUGUGGACCCCGCCGACACCGAGUACGCGGCCAUCGACGCCAGGUACUGGGCCAACGAAACCGGCAGGGACGCGAAACGCGGCGGAAGCGGCGGAGCCUCAGGAGCAGUGGCCGUGAAAAUGGCCGGAACCGACGGGAGGUGGAAGGCCAAGUUUGAAGCUUUAAAUUCGGCGCCCGUGGAAUCCGAAUCGGCGGCGCGUCCUAAGUUGGCGCGGACGAUGUCGGCGCCGGAAGUCCAGCGAUGGCUUGGAGUCCCGGAGCAGGAGUGGCCCGCAGGAAUCGCGGAGGAACCGGCGGUACGCGAGGCUCGCAAUCUGGGCGGCAGGCGCAGCGUGCGGAUCAGGAGUGGUGGAUGCACGUAUCCCGUGAGGCUGGGGCUCGCGGGCAUAAGAGUUUUUGUGGAGCAGACCGAGAUGAGUCCGUGAAAUAAAAAGUUGAAAAUUUAACACUCAGAAGCUAAGGACCGGAAAGGGCGGGAACGCGGCUGAAAGCAUAAAGAAGAAGGGGGCAUACAUGGCAGCAACCUGAAACGAAGGGGAAGGGUUUGGAGAGCGAGAGAGUUUGGAGAGCAAGAGGGUUCGGAGACCAAGAGAGUUUGGAGACCAACAAUGGAUGCCACGUCCCGGCAGCGGUGCGGCACACAAACAUGCCACAUGCGUCUCCGGGAUCAGCGGGACGGCAGCGUCAGGCUGGACGGCGGCGGGAAGCAGUGCGUCAAGGACAAGAGGGUCAAUCAGGAACCAUGGAAUUUGGACCCGGUGUGGAGAGUUUUGGCGGGCCGUGUGCAAAAGGGAAAUAACGGUUUCCAGAGGCCCUAUAUAAACCCGCAGGGAUGAUUUAGUCGAGAUCAGUCAGUCAAGAGCGAACAGUCAGUCGAGUGCAUCAGUCGAGUACGACCAUUAAGAGUUAAGACAAGCAGUCGAACGAACACCAACCAAGCAAACUACGAGGGAGCCACACCAGGGCGAGUCAUCGGAAGCAGCGCUGUGGGAGCCUACAAGGAGCAAGAUUGUCACGUCGAGACGUUCGGGAUUGGGAUUACUAGGAAUCUCCGAACUGAGACACAGGUGGCUGAGGUCUAAGGAGGCACCACACGGCUAAGUUCUGUUCUUUCCUGCCAACGAAGUCCUGGCGUUACGCCUGGAGGGUCUACUAGACUUAGAACAGUGAAAGCCGGCGAUUUGAAAUCGUGAGCUCGGGGGUAAGCCUGUCGAGCCCCAGUGUACCUCUCCCAAACACUACGCGAACGUAUCCAGGCGUGACCCAGUGCGCCAAGUGGAGUUGAGCAGGUCCUGGCGCGAUCAGCCAGAAGGGAGAGAAGUCCCGGAGCGGCGCGAAAGAACCCCGAGAGUAGCGAGCCAGAAGGGAGAGAAGUCCCGGAGCGGCGAAACAGAACCCCGACAGUAGCGAGCCAGAAGGGAAAGAAGUCCCGGAGCGGCGCA